CGGUCUCCUCACUUCCGGUUCGCCGUGUGCGCUGCGUCUUGCCGCUGGGAGCUGGGGCCCUCUUCCCGCACGUGGCCGGGUCCUGCCGCGCUUCCCCCGGCGGCGCUGCGGCCCCAGUUGUCACCGAUUCUCGCUGACCCGGUCCCGCAGCUCUGCCCGCCAUGCUGGUGCUAUUCGAGACCGCGGCCGGAUACGCCGUCUUCAAGGUCCUGGAUGAGAAGAAACUCCAGGAAGUUGACAGUUUAUGGAGAGAAUUUGAAACACCUGAAAAGGCAAAUAAAAUAGUGAAGUUGAAACACUUUGAAAAGUUUCAGGACACAACAGAAGCCCUUGCUGCAUGCACAGCUCUGGUAGAGGGCAAGCUCAGCAAGAACUUGAAGAAAAUUCUAAAGAAGAUAGUGGCCAAAGACGCCCAUGAACAGUUGGCCAUAGCAGAUGCCAAACUCGGUGGUGUCAUAAAGGAUAAGCUGAAUUUAAGUUGUAUUCAUAGCCCAAUGGUUACUGAACUGAUGAGAGGAAUUCGUUCUCAAAUCGAGGGGCUUAUCACCGGCCUUCCAUCGCGGGAAAUGGCAGCUAUGUGUUUAGGAUUGGCACACAGCCUCUCCCGAUACAAGCUGAAAUUCAGCCCAGACAAAGUAGAUACAAUGAUUGUCCAAGCAAUCUCCCUUCUUGACGACCUAGAUAAAGAGCUGAAUAACUAUAUCAUGCGCUGUAGGGAAUGGUAUGGCUGGCACUUCCCUGAACUAGGCAAAAUCGUCGCAGAUAACCUAACAUACUGUAAAUGUGUGCGGAAAGUUGGAGACAGAAGAAACUUUUCUACCUCCGACCUCUCGGAAGUUCUGCCAGAGGAGAUUGAUGAGGAUGUGAAGGCUGCUGCAGAGAUCUCCAUGGGGACAGAAGUAUCAGAAGAAGACACAAACAAUAUACUGCAUCUCUGUGACCAGGUGAUUGAGAUCUCAGAGUAUCGAACGCAGCUGUAUGACUAUCUCAAGAACAGAAUGAUGGCCAUUGCACCUAACCUCACUGUUAUGGUCGGGGAAUUAGUUGGAGCGAGGCUUAUUGCUCAUGCAGGUUCCCUUUUGAAUCUGGCUAAACACCCAGCUUCCACUGUUCAGAUUUUGGGUGCUGAAAAAGCACUUUUUAGAGCCCUGAAGACUAAACGGGACACACCCAAGUUUGGCCUGAUUUAUCAUGCUUCCCUUGUGGGACAAACUACUGCAAAAAACAAAGGAAAGAUCUCUCGAAUGCUAGCAGCCAAAACUGCAUUGACUAUUCGUUAUGAUGCCCUUGGAGAAGACUCCAGUGCUGAAAUGGGAGCUGAAAACAGAUUAAAAGUAGAGACUAGACUGAGACACUUGGAAGAGAAAGGGAUAAGAAGAAUAAGUGGCACAGGAAAGGCCUUGGCCAGGGCAGACAAAUAUCAGCACAAGAGUGAAGUGAAGGUAUAUGACCCCUCUGGUGACUCUACACUCCCUGCUGUUCCAAAAAAACGUAAAAUUGAAGAGGUGGAAGAAGAGGAGACGGAGGUUACAGUGAAAGGAAAGAAGAUCAAAGUAGAAAUUAAAGAAGAGGCAGAUGUAGAGGAAGGCGAACCGGUCAAAAAGAAGAAAAAGAAAAAGGAAAAAAAACAGAGAGCUGAGGAAGAGGCAGCUUCGGCUGAAGAGCCAUCCACUAGCGCAGCGGUGGAGAGUACAGAGAAAAAGAAGAAGAAGAAGAAAAUCAAAGUAGAGCAAGAGGACUAGUGGGGGAGAAACAAUUCAUUUGGACGCUUCAAUUCAGAAUAGAUUCCCUAAAAUACUUUCUCUUUAAAUACUUGCUCAAACACCAUAACUUCCCCCAAUAAUGGGAGGGGCAGGUGGAAGAUGAAUUUGAUAAGUCUCUGCUGUCUUUUCCUCAGAACAAAAUAUUUAAUUUGUUUUUGGCUCCUUAAGUAGGCCACUGCCUUAUUGCAGUUUCUUUAAUUGAGAAGGUCACAAUAGGUCUUUGUUCAUAUGUGGUCUUUUGUGAUACUGAAUAAAAAUAUUCUUUUUGUAUAUAUCUGGA